GCGCAGUGAUUAUGACGAGCCUCGUCAACAUGUCUGACAUCGCCGUAGAACCCGCGACGACAACGAGGCACCCCGCAGCGAGACAGCCACGCCGAGCUACGCACAGCUUCUACACCACCACCAAACACCUCAAGGGGAAGCCCAUGUGUUCCAACCUUUGCCGAUGAGCAGUUCGCAGGCGCUACACCACAAGACGGCUCUGGGAGCAUCAUGGACUAUCCCCGCAGCCAUCGGGGCCCCGCCGGCCAUAGCAGAGCAUACACACAACGAUCCACACCGGCCGACAAACCACAACGGCCGAUAAGAGGAUGCGAGCAUACGCGCACUGGGCUCAAACAAUUUGCGGCUUGGCCGAGAAUGUACAACGAGCAAUCUUCAGGGCCCGGACCUUCGUUACCAAACGCCGACAACACGCAACGGCGGGGACAAACUGCACACACCAGCGAGAAUAUAACGGGUACCCUUACGAGUGGCCCUGGGGCGAAGGCAUUACAAGCACAAUUCGCUGUAUGGAUGCUGCGGUCUACAGCCCAAAAGCCUAUUCUUACGGUAAUCCAGACGCGGUGGUGCAUGGCAAGGUGCCACAUCCGGGAUGUACAAAUGGUGGCAGUCGUAGAAGGACUACGGAAGCAAUGGGUGUUCGGGAUACUGCGCUCGACGUGCGAGUGUCUAGCAUGGACAAUAUUCGGAAGCUCGUCCAGGCGGGGCGAGGAUAUAGCCGUACGCCAUCCCAAGAGAAGGAAUGACUUGUCUAGCAGCCAGCGGUAACGGUGUAGCAGACAUCCUGACUCCUCCGACAGUAAGGAACGCAGGCAGUCUCGUGUCGAAGCAGAACCCGGCCGGAAGAGUGUAUCGACGAGACGAGCGCAACACGACGAAAAUGCGACACAACCUCAGUCGAUACCAGAGCAUUACACCGAACCUCUAUGCGAUCUGCGCGAGCAGGUACAUAAUCAUCGUAGUUAGACAUGUGUACACUCCCCUCGAAGGACAGUACAAGGGAGAUACUUGUACGGCGAAUACCGAGCUGCAACUGUAUUCGUCACCCCGGGG